UCUCCAUCCUUCUUUUUGCCGCGGUUUUUGAAAAAAGGUUUCCUGUGGAGCAUUGGAGAACUCUAGGGAAAUGGAGGAAGACAUGCCUGAAUCUCUGUCCGGAAUGGACGGCAAAACACUAAUAAACAGUUAUGACAAGGGGCCAAAGAACAUUCCUUGGUGUAGAAACGAGAUAUUGGACUUGCUGGAUAUUUGGGGGGCGGCCCGUUUCCAAAGCAGACUUAAGGAAUCUCAUCGCAAUCUGGACAUAUUCAAUGACAUUGCUGAUGAGAUGAAGAAGCGGAAUCAUGCAAGAACAGGAGAGGAGUGCAAGAGCAAGACGAAACACAUGCGUUUUGAAUAUAGAAAGGUGUUUAACUAUAACAAGAUGAGUGGGAGGGACCCCAUUAGUUGCCCAUAUUUUAAAGAACUUGAUGACAUAUUGCAUGGAGAUGCUAGUAUUGUUGUUAAUAGGUUGUCCAGAAGUAUAAAUCUAGCUAGAGGAAACCAGGCUGUGGCUUCAAAUUGUUAUGGUCAAGGCGGAAGAAGAAGAAAGGGUUUUGGGAAAUCAGCCCCCUCCAACGUCCCCAUGGUACCUCCAGCUUGUAAUGCAUCGAUGGAAUCAAGUGCAAGAGCGAUCCUUGAUGAGUCAGAGAUAGGAAAUUGUUCGAUCUCGAACACAAGACAAGAAAACAGUCCACAAGAUCCAGCAGUAGACGAAAACGAUUCAAGCUUUAACUCACUGGAACAAGAGAUUGAAAAUUCUGAUGGAAGAGAAGAUAAUCCACAGGAUGACAGGUUCACAGUGGUGAACAUGUCCCCAAAUACAUGUCUUCAAAGAAUAAGGAACAGAAGUAGAAGAGCAGUACGAGGUGAACUUAUAGAUGAAAAAGCAUUAAUACCAUAACAUCUAAAAUGAGGAAGAGAUUUUUCUGUCGAUGAUAACAAUACAAAGUUUAUUUCCUGGAAUUAGCAAACAUCCACCUAGCAAGUGCAAUUCGUAUUUGCUCACCCUCCCUUUUCCUAUCUGCAUCGUACUGUCUUUGAUUGGCUUGCAUGGGUGGUAGUACUAUAGGGGCUGGUGCCUCUAUGUCAUCAUGCAGCACCCUUCCUUUGGUUACACAUACAUUGUGCAAAAUGAAACAGGCCGCAGUAACAGUAAGAAAAUUUUCUUCUUUUACUGUGAGUCUGCUAGCAAGACAGGCCCAUCUACUUUUCAAAUGGCCAAAAGCUUUUUCCACACAGUUUCUUGCCCUACUUAAGGAUUUAUUGAAGUACACCUGUUCAGGGCUGCUUGGAGCAGGGAACGGCUUCAUGAGCCAUGGCUGUAUAGGAUAUGCUCCAUCACCAAUUAUCAAAGGUGGAACACAAAACAUCAGAAAUAUUGAUGGUGGGAUUGCCAGGAACGAAAUAUCCCUCAUCCAUUGCAUGCCACAAAGCAGAGUGGCGGAAAAUAUAGCUGUCAUGGCUUCUCCCUGUACUGUAUGUCCAAGUUCUACAUCAAUGAAUCUUCCACGAUGGUCAACUGUUCCCUGCACCGUGAUGGAGUAUCCCUGCUUCUGAUCAAGGUAUUCCUCCUCCCUUCCCCGUGGUGGACUAACCGGAAUGUGUGUACCAUCGAUUGCCCCAACACAAUGGGGAAAGCCUUUCUUCUGGAAACCAUCCAUUAUCUGAAUACACGAUAAAGAAAAAUAUCCAUUGAUGUCUGUUAUGUUGUUAUAAACAUAUAGAACAAUUAUUGGUUUUAAUGAAAAGCCUAUCAUGCACACAACAUGUCAAAUUUUCUGUAUUGGAACAUGUAACACUAGACUAUUAUCUCUUAUAUUUAACUUUUCUAGACUAUUAUCCCUUAUAUUUAACUUUUCUAGACUAUUAUCCCUUAUAUUUAACUUUUCUAGACUAUUAUCCCUUAUAUUUAACUUUUGAUUAAUCUUAAAAAACUAGGCCCAUUUUGCAUCCAGUUACUGCAGCCAUCAAUGUACAUUCUCUUUUAACAUGUAAUAUCAAUAUACAAACCUAGUACAUUGUACAUUGUAUGUCAAUCAUAGUUGUUUUUGAUGUUUGCGUGCAUAAACAGGUAUAUAUGCAGGCAUAAUAAAAUCAAUGUAUGCGUGUCUGUGUGUGUGUGCUGGUAUGCAUCAUACACACUGUGACAGUAAACAAUAUUGGAAUUUUUUCCUGCCAAUGUAUGACAUGUAAUUUAUUGAA